AUGACCGAUGCUGUUGGCAGCGAUGAAGUUUCUGACACCAGAAAAUCAGACCAUCAGCCCUCGAAACCCCCGGAAAAUGCGUCAGACCAGUUGGAUGAGCCCGACGCCGAGACCGCGGAUUAUUUGGGGAGCUUUAACAUUGAUAUGGGUACCUCUGCAGGAGAGACCGAUGCACCCCAUUACAUUAUCAAUCUAAAUGUUUUCAAUCCCGAUGAUGUCACUCCCUCAGGAGGUUCAGAUGUGGUUGGUUUGGCCACUUUACCUGUUGGUGGACCCUUUCCGUCCACAUCGAGCACAACACCACACGCACAAGCUUUGGAUUCAGCCGGGAAACCUUUAGAUCCUACGCCCCCGGUUCUGCAGCCUUAUCUUAGACCAAUGGGACGCCCCCGUGGGCGUGCGCGUACACGAAACAGUAUCCCACUUGAUGAUGUAAUGGAGAAGAAGAUACGAACCUUCGAGGGUGUAGACUGCGUCCAACAUCUGGAAGAACUGCAAAAGCUAUUCCCCCGCUUCAAACGAGCGUAUAUCAACCGGAUUUUCACACGGAAUAUGUUGAACUUCGACAAAACAUUCCAGACACUGAAUGAAGAAAAUAACCGCUAUAUAGCUAAGGUUGCCAGUGUUCGGUUGGUCCCACCGAACAAGCCUGACUCGAAACAAGCCGAAAGCAAAACUCCUAAGCAAGAAGCUACGUGCCUGAAUCCUCGAGGCUACCUCUAUCUGGACGUUCCUUUGGGAAGAUGCCCACCAAGCAUCGCCAGUACCCUCUAUCGCCGUGUCAUUGUCAAACCGGACGGUUCCGUGGAGUCCGCUGAUGACCAUGAAAAGCGAUACUUGGAUGCUACAGGACAACGAGUUGUGCGGCCACCACUGAAACCCCCACCUACUCCGCCACAACAGCAAACUAACUCCCCGGAACCGUUGAUUCCCACUCCGUUACAAGCUGUCAAUUCCCAUUCCCAACCGUCGUCUACUUUAAAUUCGGCUUCGAAAACUGUCCCUCCUUCACAGUUAUCAGACUUAAGCGGUACUAUGGAACCCAAGACCUCAACUAAUCGUUUCUUCCGAAGCAAUCGUAUCAAUGAAGCUGAAAGCAAAAAGCGGGGCUAUGUAGAUCGUGAGCUCCGAACAGCUAAAGCUGCAGCGACCACCCGACGGUCACGUGGUUCGACACAAAAAGAUGCCAAUGGUACCACUGGGACCACCACUCCAGACAGCAAGGAUGGCGAUGCAGCUGUAAAAUAUAUGGCAUCUGUCGGAGUUGUUAGUACCCCAACGUCAAAGAAACGGGCAACUCCCAAGAACGACGUUAAAUCCGUUCCACAGAAGGUCGAACAGCAACAAUCGACAGAAGAACCUGUGAAUGAUGAUCUGAAUCUCAAUAAGGAAGAAAGAAUAAACGUCCUAGAAUUCUUCAAUGAUGCCAGACCAGAAGAACUUGCUUUGAUGCCCGGAUGUUCUCGAAAGACCGCUCAAAUCCUGGUAUCUUUGCGACCGUUCCGAAACAUGACCAAUCUUCUCAACCGGUUGCAAGGAACUAGAUUUCUGUCACCUAAUUUAAUAGACGCAUGCAAAGACGUUCUGCAGAUGCGUGCUACAGUUAUUCGCCUGCUUCAGCGAUGCGAGCGAAUCACCGAACGCGUUGCUGAUCACGUCUCCAACUUGUUGGCUAAUGUCGUCAGUUUAUCAGAAGAUCAGCUCAAGUCGCCCAAACCAUCUUCCGACUCUGGCGCCAAUGCUGAACAUUUGUUAACUCAGCAGCCCGCCAUACUCAAUCCCUUGCUUGAACUCAAACCUUAUCAGCUUGUCGGACUUAAUUGGUUACGACUGUUGCAUCAUGAACAAGUAAAUGGAAUUCUCGCUGAUGAAAUGGGUUUGGGAAAAACCAUUCAAGCAAUUGCUUUUCUGGCUAGCCUGUGGGAGAAUGGAGACCGCGGACCUCACCUAAUCAUUUGUCCAAGCUCAACUCAGGAAAAUUGGCUGCGGGAAUUGUCCGAUUGGUGUUCCCACCUCAAAGUGCUGGUGUAUCAAGGCUCCGCUGAACAACGAAAAGCCAUCCGGUUGAAGAUUUAUGAGGCUGGCACUCACCCAGAUUUUAAUAUUCUACUGACAAGCUACGCCAUCGGAACUAGCACAAUUGAGGACAGAGCACUAAUGAAGCGUGUCAAUUUUCAUUAUGGCAUUUUUGAUGAGGCUCACAUGUUGAAGAACAUGUCCUCGCAACGAUAUCGUCAUCUGAGUAAUUUUCGCGUACAGCGUCGGCUUCUCUUGACCGGUACUCCGCUGCAAAACAACCUUUUGGAGUUGGUAUCACUCCUAUCAUUCUUAAUGCCAGAUUUGUUCGCGCGGUCUACUGAUCUCCUCAAGCGAAUGUUCCAGGUCUACUCUAAAUCCGUCAGCGAGCGCGACGAGAAUCAGCUCUGUGAUCUGGACGUCUGCGAAAGAAGUAACUUUGAGGUGGAACGUUUGGAGCAAGCAAAGAAUUUGCUGCAGCCAUUUUUCCUCCGGCGUCUCAAGUCCCAGGUUUUGGAUCAGUUACCCACAAAAACAAACGAAGUUGUCAAAGUGAAAAUGACUGAAUCUCAGUCGAAACACUACUGGAAACUCGUAGAUCGUUUCCGCCAAGCGACAGACACACAUGUCCCCGUGGAGAAUACGGAUUCGACCCACCAUGUUAAACUUGAGGAACCUGGUAAUGAGAAUCAAGAGCCUGACGCUGAAGGCGUUCCAUCUAAAAGACCUCGUGUGGAAACUGCCGUGUUGAACGGCACGGACUCUGCUACGCUGGACACUAAUCUGAGCGUCGAUUCACCUUCUAACAUGAUUGUGCAACUGCGCAAGGCAGCCAACCAUCAGGCUCUUUUGUCCGGCAUCGCUUUUUCACAAGCAUCUUUACGAGAUAUUGCUGAAACUCUCCAUUUGGAUCCCAGUCAUGCAAAUUCCGAUCCGCAGCUGAUUUACGAGGAUUUGUCUGUAUUGAGUGAUCAUCAAGUACAUAAGAUUUGUCAGUUUUAUGAUAUCUUGUCCUCUUACACUAUGCCGAUCGAAACCAUUAUGUCUGGUUCCGGUAAGCUGACUUGGCUGGAUGCUCAGAUUCCCAAGAUGAUUGAAGCUGGCCACAGGCUACUCAUUUUCAGUCAGUUUGUCAUCGUCCUUGACCUGCUGGAAGAAUUCCUUCGCUAUAGAGACCUCCGCUAUCUUCGUUUAGAUGGCAGUACGCCCGUGAACGAACGCCAACAUCUGGUUGAUCGAUUUAAUAGUUCCUCCAUAGAAGUUUUUCUCCUGUCGACACGUGCUGGGGGACUAGGACUGAACCUCACCGGCGCCGAUGUUGUCAUCAUUCACGACAUAGACUUCAAUCCGUAUAAUGACAAACAAGCCGAAGAUCGUGUUCACCGUCUAGGACAAACUAGGCCGGUGCAUGUAAUACGGCUCAUUGCUGAGGGAACGGUGGAAGAAGGUAUUCUGCGUAUCGCUUCCGAAAAGUUGCAGUUAGAACAGGAUGUAACAGGAUACACGAAGCCGGAAGCUGACGACCAGGAAGCCGAACCUGAGGAGACUAAUCAUGAGGAGGAAUUCACUGAAGAAGACAGUGUCGUUCUAAAAAUUCUUGGCACCUCCGGCCAGCCUACCGCGAAGCCCGAGGAGGGUCCGCGUCCGGUGCAAUCCCGGACAGCUCGUCUUACGGAGCGUGAGGUUUGGUCCCUGUUGGAAAGUGCACUGAAACCAGCCCCUUAGUUUUGCGAGUUGUGAUUGACGAUGAUAGCCUCAUUCACAUGUACGGCAGCAGCAAACGCCUUGUACGUUUUUUUUUCACUAUCCUGUGCAGAGGCACAAGGCACUCAAGACACUUUGGAGAUCGCUUUCACAUUUUAUGUAUCAUAAGACGAAGCUCUACUAUACUUUGGACUUUCUUGCACCGGUCCUUUGACGGCCGUCGAGGUCGUCUCGUCGUUUGCUGAUCAGUUGUAUUUGUCAUUUGCCGCUGCACUUUGUGUAAAUUGAUUCUACUCUACCUAUUUGUGUGCUCGAGUCUCGCCCGUGUACCACCAAAU